AUGAGGAUAGAGGUACUGACCCAGUCCAAGGCCAUGAGGAUAGAGGUACUGACCCAGUCCAAGGCCAUGAGGAUAGAGGUACUGACCCAGUCCAAGGCCAUGAGGAUAGAGGUACUGACCCAGUCCAAGGCCAUGAGGAUAGAGGUACUGACCCAGUCCAAGGCCAUGAGGAUAGAGGUACUGACCCAGUCCAAGGCCAUGAGGAUAGAGGUACUGACCCAGUCCAAGGCCAUGAGGAUAGAGGUACUGACCCAGCCCAAGGCCAUGAGGAUAGAGGUACUGACCCAGUCCAAGGCCAUGAGGAUAGAGGUACUGACCCAGUCCAAGGCCAUGAGGAUAGAGGUACUGACCCAGCCCCGGGCCAUGAGGAUAGAGGUACUGACCCAGUCCAAGGCCAUGAGGAUAGAGGUACUGACCCAGUCCAAGGCCAUGAGGAUAGAGGUACUGGCCCAGUCCAAGGUCAUGAGGAUAGAGGUACUGACCCAGUCCAAGGCCAUGAGGAUAGAGGUACUGACCCAGCCCAAGGCCAUGAGGAUAGAGGUACUGACCCAGUCCAAGGCCAUGAGGAUAGAGGUACUGACCCAGUCCAAGGCCAUGAGGAUAGAGGUACUGACCCAGCCCAAGGCCAUGAGGAUAGAGGUACUGACCCAGUCCAAGGCCAUGAGGAUAGAGGUACUGACCCAGCCCAAGGCCAUGAGGAUAGAGGUACUGACCCAGUCCAAGGCCAUGAGGAUAGAGGUACUGACCCAGUCCAAGGCCAUGAGGAUAGAGGUACUGACCCAGCCCAAGGCCAUGAGGAUAGAGGUACUGACCCAGUCCAAGGCCAUGAGGAUAGAGGUACUGACCCAGUCCAAGGCCAUGAGGAUAGAGGUACUGACCCAGUCCAAGGCCAUGAGGAUAGAGGUACUGACCCAGCCCAAGGCCAUGAGGAUAGAGAGACACCAGGUGGUACCAGGGCAGAGACACCAGGUGGUACCAGGGCAGAGACACCAGGUGGUACCAGGACAGAGACACCAGGUGGUACCAGGGCAGAGACACCAGAUGGUACCAGGACAGAGACACCAGAUGGUACCAGGGCAGAGACACCAGAUGGUACCAGGGCAGAGACACCAGGUGGUACCAGGGCAGAGACACCAGGUGGUACCAGGGCAGAGACACCAGAUGGUACCAGGACAGAGACACCAGAUGGUACCAGGGCAGAGACACCAGAUGGUACCAGGGCAGAGACACCAGAUGGUACCAGGGCAGAGACACCAGAUGGUACCAGGGCAGAGACACCAGAUGGUACCAGGACAGAGACACCAGAUGGUACCAGGACAGAGACACCAGAUGAAAUGCUUCGACGCUCACCCGCGGAGGGAGAGCCAGGUGCGGCAGCUGGCCUGGGUGGGGGAGGGCAUCUGGGUGUCCAUCCGCCUGGACUCCACGCUGCGCCUGUUCCACGCACACACAUACCAGCACCUGCAGGACGUGGACAUCGAGCCCUACGUCAGCAAGAUGCUAGGGACAGGCAGACUUGGCUUCUCCUUCGUCAGGAUCACAGCUCUGGUCGUUUCCUGCAGUCGGCUCUGGGUGGGAACAGGAAACGGAGUCAUCAUCUCCAUCCCCCUGUCUGGAGCUCACCAGGGUGUGACCGUGGCUCACCGUCCCGGGGCGGCGGUGAGGGUGUACAGUGAGGAGACCGGCGAGGGGGCGGGGCCAGGCCGCUCUGUACCGUACUGCUCCAUGGCCCACGCCCAGCUCUGUUUCCAUGGACACAAGGACGCCGUCAAGUUCUUCGUCACGGUGCCAGGCCAGGCCGUCCCGCCUCCGGGCAGCGCAGACUCGGGCUCAGACGACCCGCCCUCAGAGUCCUCCGACACCAACAGCUCCGAGCCCGAAACUUUUCUGGUCAUGAGCGGAGGAGAGGGAUACAUCGACUUCAGAAUGGGGGAUGAGGGCGGGGACCUGGACGCCGUGUCGGAGCCGGGCGCCGCUCGCUCGCCGCCUCUCCGCUCGGAGCGCAGUCACCUGAUCGUGUGGCAGGUGACGGUGCAGCACUGA